UCUCCCCCUUUCUCUCUCAAAUCAAUAAAUAAGAAAAAAUUUUUAAAUUAAAAAAAACUUUCUUCCAUAUGUGCAUAAGGAUACACGGCACAAAGAUGUACAUUGCGAAUUUGUUUAUAAUAGCAAAAUUGGAAACUGACCUAACUACCCACCAUUAGAGAAACUGAGAAAUCCCUUACAGCAGUUAAAAUGAUAAAGUGGAUUUACAUGUAUCAACAUGAUAAAACCUUGAGAACAUAAUAUUCAAUGAAAAAAAAACAAGUAGCAAAAGGAUAUAUACCUAUGAAACCAUCUAAGUUUUCAAAGAACAGUACAUAUUGUUUAUAGAGACAUAUAUAUAAUAGUGUAAAAUACAGUCAGGAGGGAUAUUCAUCAACUUCAGAAUAGCUGUUACUUCUGGGCCAAGAAGGGAAUGGGCCAGUGAGGGGUUACAUAUUUCUCAAAAAAAUUUUUUUAAGUAGAUAUGGCAAAAAUGUUAACAUUUAUUCAAUCAGGGCUGUGGUACAUAGGCGUUUAAUAUAUAUAACAUUCUCUGUAGUUGGUCAUUUGGUUGUUUGAAAUUGCUUCAUUUUUUAAAAAAGUUAGAUUGAGAUCAGUCUGUGAAGGGUAUUGGAAGUCUUCCUAGUUUUCUAAACACUCUUUUAAUUCUUUGUAGAUACAGCUUUUCCAGUCACUUUGCAUCUAUAUAUUAGUUUUCACCCUGUCACCGCCAGAUCAAGGAGGAAAGUUAAACAGUUUAAAAUGAGAAAAGUUGAUCUCUGUUUGAGCUCUGAAGGGACUGAAGUGAUUUUAGCUACCUCAAGUGAUGAAAAACACCCCCCUGAAAAUAUUAUUGAUGGGAAUCCAGAAACAUUUUGGACCACCACAGGAAUGUUUCCCCAAGAGUUCAUUGUUUUUUUUCACAGACAUGUGAGAAUUGAAAAGCUUGUAAUCCAGAGUUACUUUGAUCUAGUUCACACAGAGGGGCAGCUUCAAAAUGAAGAAAUUAUGGCACAUGAUGGCCAUGCCACUUACUUGAGAUUCAUUAUUAUAUCAGCCUUUGAUCACUUUGCAUCUGUGUACAGCAUUUCUGCAGAGGGAAUAGCAGUCUCAAAUCUUUCUUAAUAAUUAUAACAAAAUGCUUUUGUAUGAUUUUUUAAACACUAUAUUUAUUUAAAAAUAAAGUUGUCAUUGACAUACUUUAUUAAAGGACUUGAAUCAGUCUG